AGCUCCGCUGUUGAAAUGACUUCUAACCUAUCUAGUAUCUGCUGGGAAGCCAUAGUUCCUGGGUAGCUGGCAGGAACCGUAGAGGAAACUUCUCAAACCUUCUAAAUAUAAUCUAAAGGAAACUGUGUCUCCAGAGAAAGGAAGAAUGGUGAUAAAUCAUAACGGCAUCAGUUUGGGCUGUUUCUACACAGAGGAAAGUGGGUACUUAAAAUGUUCCUCCCAGCCUGCCUGGCUGUGUGACAUGGUGUCGCAGGAUGCCCCUUGCCUCGGCCUCACUGCAGGUAGAACAGGGAGACAGUCACUAGCUACACUGUCUGUACUUCACAAGCUGUAGAGGUGAAUUAGAUUCUCUCUCUUCUGCUCACCAGUGGCCUCACUGGAUGGACACAUCUCUAGGAGGACCCAAACAUUAGAACCUCCAUUUUUCUGGGGCAAGUGUGAUCCAGUUUUUUUUGUUUUUUUUUUUUUUUUUUUUGGUUCUUUUUUUUUUUUUUCCGGAGCUGGGGACCGAACCCAGGGCCUUGCGCUUCCUAGGUAAGCGCUCUACCACUGAGCUAAAUCCCCAGCCCCCAAAUGAGUAAAUCUCCCCCCCACCCCCGGAGCUGAGGACUGAACCCAGGGCCUUGGGCUUCCUAGGCAAGCGCUCUACCACUGAGCUAAAUCCCCAACCCGUGAUCCAGUUUUAUUCACAGCUCUGUUCAUUCUUCUCAGGUUUCAUAUCUAAAUGCAAAAGUAGCCUUUUCUGUUGUAAAAAAUUGCCAAGGUUUCCUCUCACUUUUGGAACAAAGCUACAGCAAAUGUUAAUGUGCAUUUCCAGAUACCCUGCAGCUGUUAGGGCUGGGGCUCCAUUAUAGAAUUCUGGCUUAAUUAUGAAUGAGUACUGGUGUUCUAUUCCCAACAGGGUGUGCAUUCAUAAGCACAAAGGCACAAAGGGGGAAGGAAGGAGACUCCUGUCUUCCUGUUCUGUUUUCAAAUCUUUCUUAAGGAUCUUCUAGCCUGUUGUCUUGUAGCUACCUCAAGAUAAGCUCCACUCCACAAGGCCUUCUUGGUGAAUUUCUUCCUUCCCUUCUAAUCUUGCAUAAUGUGCUGCUGGUUGUUCCUCAAAGCUCAAUCUUAAUUAAGUGGGGUUCCCAGGCAGGAGAGGUGGCUCUGUGGUUAAGAGAGCUGGCUGCUCUUCCAGAGGUCCGGAGUUUCCCAGCACCCACGUGGUGGCUCACGACCAUCUGCAACUCUGGUCUGAGGGGAUCUGUCAUUUUCUGGCCUCUGUGGGCACUGUGCACACGGCGUACAGACAUACAUGCAGGCAGACAUGUUUAGGCACGAAAACUUAAAAUUAAGGGAAAAAAACUUAAGGAAGUUUCCCUAAGGAAUCCCUGCAAAAAGGAGAGACUGUUUUCCUAAAGUGAGGUUUGGGUAGAGAGGAUGAAGGUCUUUCAAAGUUAACUGGAUGUUCCUCACCCUUCCACUGCCAAAUAACAGUACUGGGGUUGGAAUUCAACUCUGUUCAGUUUGAGUCACCAUUGCUCUCUAGUUGACCUUGGAAUCCAGGAAGGCACAGCACUGCUGUUUGCCACACACCCCAGAACCAUAGCUGAAUGGAACGGUUAUCCCAACCUUCAAUCAGAGAGCUGUUGACUUCUUAAUACCUUGUGUGAUUCGGUUCAGUGGUGCUUUCCAGCACACCGGGGGUAAGAGAGAGCCCAGUGCGUAUGUAAAUUAAAGCUCAACUAGUAUUUAGGGUUUGCAAGUGUGUUACUGCCGUCAAGCUGUGACUUUAACAGUUUAGAAGUUAGACUUGAAAAAAAAAAGAUAUUCCUAGGGCACAGCUGCUUGGCAAAAGGAAAAACAACAGGAUCCACCGGAAGCAGGCAUCACAGUGUGGUGCUGACGCUGAUUAGCACAGCCUGUUGCAGCCACCCCAGUGUGGAAAACUAUCCUGCUGGCAGACAGCCCAUGCAAGGGGGAGGAAGGGUAGGGAGAGCACGCAGGAGGUCCGUUUCUUAGGUCCGUUUCUUCUCAUCUUAUGGCCAGAGAAAAAUUGAAACAUUACUCUUGCACUGCUGGAGACAUCGAUCAUGAAGACAUCACACGGGACAAAACCAGCACACUGGAGGCCUGCUUACCACUGGAACUCCACAAGAAUGAGAGUUGCCUGGCUACUAAAGAGACUUCUUCCAUCAUAAGAGGGAGCUGCCUGCCUCCACAAAAGACUUCUUUGAUGAUGACCCUGUGCCUUGGUAGCAUCUAUGAGGACUUGAAGAUGUACCAGUCAGAGUUCCAGGCCAUAAAUGCAGCACUUCAGAGCCACAAUCAUCAGCAGAUCACUCUGGACAGAAACAUGCUGAUGGCUAUUGAUGAGCUAAUGCAGUCUCUGAAUCACAGCGGCGAGACUCUGCACCAGAAAGCUCCCAUGGGAGAAGCAGAUCCUUACAGAGUGAAGAUGAAGCUCUGUAUCCUGCUCCAUGCCUUCAGCACCCGCGUCAUGACUAUCAACAGGGUGAUGAACUAUCUGAGCUCCUCCUAAGGAGGAGGGCUAGGAGUCAGGUAGUCCUGGCCUGGUUGACCUUCAGCUCCUGUAGGAAUCUGUAACCCCAAAGGUGGCACGGCUGCCUCAGCGUGGGCCCCUCCAUUGUGUCUCUCAUACUUGCAAGUUGUUUGUAAGUUUUCAUCAAAAUAUCAUUAAGGGGAGAGUAUGUCCUCCCUCAGUGUGUCAGCAGAAGAGCAAGAACUGAUAAGCUAUUAUUUUUGUACCAAAGUGUUUAUGAAAACACUCAGUCACCCCUUAUUUAAAAAUAUUUAUUGUUAUAUUUUAUACUUAUGAUAAGCAUAUGAGCUAUUUAUAUUUAUUUAUUUUCUAUUUAUUAUAAUAUUUCUUAUCAGAUGAAUUUGAAACAUACCUUAUUUUGUGGUUCUAAUAAAGUAAUGCAAGCACUUCA